GCAUUCGUGACGAUAAAUAGAUCAGCCUUAGUGCUUUGCAGGUGUCGUGCGAUGUGCCUUGAAGAUAGCUGAUGCUCAAGUAACUGGUGAUCUAAAAAAAUGUUUAAGUUUAGUUUCUAUGAUGGGGACAAGAGUGCAGGAUCAGAUGGUGACAGGCCAACAGGUCAUCCAGUCACCCGGCUGGCUAUCCAGGAGCACCCUGUGCCAGCUUCACCACUGCUCCCCAGUAAUGAGGUGUCUACUUUGUCAUUAUGUGGACAUCAGAUCAAGCUGCUCAAUGGUGACCAAGUGAUCCUACGCCUGGAGCGAGAAGGAGCUGCAGGUGACCUGUCAUUGGCCUUGAAAAGUCACACAGAUCUCAUACCUGAUGUCUAUGAAGGUGGGAUGAAGCUGUGGGAGUGCUCACAGGACCUGGUGGCCUACCUGGAUGCGCACGUGCCAUUGGCGGGGCUGCGCGUGACAGAGCUGGGCUGCGGUGCCGCGCUGCCGGCCGUGUUCUGCCUGCUGCGGGGUGCCGCCGCCGUCACUGUCCAGGACUACAACCGCGAAGUGGUCGACCACCUUACCAUCCCGAACAUGCGGCUGAACGUGACGGCGACGCAGCUGGCCGGCUGCCGGGCCCUCUCAGGCGACUGGGGCGCGCUGGCCGCGCUGCUGCGGACCGAGCGGCGCCCGGGCGCCGACCUCGUGCUCACCUCCGAGACCAUCUACAGCAGGGAGAGCUGGGCGCGCCUGCUGGAGGCCGUCGACGCCGCCCUGGCGCCCGCUGGCUCCGCGCUGGUGGCGGCCAAGACGUGCUACUUCGGCGUCGGCGGCGGCACCCGAGCCUUCGAGCAGGCCGUGCUGGAGGACGGCCGCUUCUCCAGCGAGGUCGUGUUCGCAACGCAGCAGGGCUUGCAACGCGAGAUUCUGCGGUUGAAGCGAUGCUGACUGCCGCGCGCCAAGCCGGCUUGAGACCGGGCCGGCCGGUCAACUGCAUCGCGAUAUGCGUUGGCUCUGUCGUGAUACACUUCACUCGCGGCUGUGAAACUUGCGCCAUGUUGCUGGCCACGCCGAAGCGUGCUGUUGCUGUCAUACCCUGCUUUGCGUUUCUUUCUGCAAUGGAAGCGCUGUGGCAAU